AUGGACGCCCUAGAGGAAGAGAGUUUCGCGCUGUCCUCUUCCGCCUCUGAUGCAGAAUUUGAUGCUGUAGUUGGAUAUUUAGAGGUCAUUAUCAUGGAUGAUGAGUUCCAGUUAUUACAGAGAAAUUUCAUGGACAAGUACUAUCAGGAGUUUGAAGACACAGAAGAGAAUAAACCCACCUACACACCUAUUUAUAACGAAUACAUUUCUCUGGUAGAAAAGUAUAUUGAAGAACAGCUGCUGGAGCGGAUUCCUGGAUUUAACAUAGUGGCUUUCACCACGACUUUACAGCACCAUAAAGAUGAAGUGGUUGGUGACAUAUUUGACAUGCUGCUCACGUUUACAGAUUUUCUGGCUUUUAAAGAAAUGUUUCUGGACUACAGAGCAGAAAAAGAAGGCCGGGGACUGGAUUUAAGCAGUGGUUUAGUGGUGACUUCAUUGUGCAAAUCCUCUUCUGUGCCAGCUUCCCAGAAUGACCUGCGACCCUAGGUCCCACCACCAAGCAAUGGGAUCUUUCUGGAUGUUGCCAUCCCAGUAGACUGGAAGAGGCUCUGGCUAAUGUGACAGAAUACAUGUUAGAAAGACUGA